GCUUGGGACAGAGAGUGGGGAUGACUCGGGAGGUAUACAAACAAAAGAUCGACGCGAAAUUAUCGCCAGUCGUCGUCGCUCGCUCGUCGCAGGUGGUUGAUCCUCGCAACUCGCGCUAAUCUAAUCGUUUCUUUUCGUUAGAGAGAGAACAGUCUGGUAAAUUGUUGAAGAGUAAUCAUGAAGAGUGUUGUGGCUCUGUUGUUGCUGGCAGUAGUUGCCACAGGGCAAGCUAUCUCCUUUAACAAAAUUCUAGAUGCGGAAUGGUUUAUUUUUAAGACACAUCAUAAAAAAGUUUACAAAUCCCCGAUUGAAGAGGGAUAUAGAAUGAAAAUUUUCUUGGAUAACAAGCGCAAAAUUGUUGAACACAAUCGCAGAUAUGAGAUGAAGGAAGUUAACUACAAACUAGGAAUGAACAAAUAUGGAGAUAUGUUACAUCAUGAAGUGGUCAAUACUUUGAAUGGCUUCAACAAGUCUGUGAGUGUUAGCGAAGUGUUACAGUCUCCGGGAGCAACAUUCAUUGAGCCAGCUAAUGUUGAGUUACCAACAGAAGUCGAUUGGAGAAAAGAAGGCGCUGUCACUGAAGUUAAGGAUCAGGAACAAUGUGGAUCCUGCUGGGCAUUUUCUUCAACCGGAGCUUUGGAAGGACAGCAUUUUAGACGAACUGGUGUUUUGAUAUCAUUGAGCGAACAAAAUUUGGUCGAUUGUUCCAGCAAAUAUGGCAACAAUGGAUGCAACGGUGGUUUGAUGGAUAAUGCUUUCCGAUAUGUAAAGGAUAAUAGAGGCCUUGAUACUGAAAAGAGUUAUCCAUACGAAGCGGAGAAUGACAGAUGCAGAUACAAUCCGAGAAACAGCGGCGCUUCCGACGUCGGCUUUGUGGACGUUCCAGAAGGAAAUGAGAACAAAUUGAAAGCUGCGGUUGCCACCAUAGGUCCGGUCUCGGUUGCCAUUGAUGCCUCUCGCGAGUCUUUCCAUCUUUAUAGUGAAGGAGUUUAUUACGAUCCUGAAUGUAGUCAAGAAAAUUUGGAUCAUGGUGUCCUGGUUGUUGGUUAUGGCACAGAUUCGGAAACUGAUGAGGAUUAUUGGCUGGUGAAGAACAGUUGGGGUGAAACAUGGGGCGAGAAAGGUUACAUUAAGAUGGCCAGGAAUAAGGAUAAUCACUGUGGUAUAGCGAGCAGUGCCAGUUACCCUCUCGUUUAACGCUUGAUACUAGUUAGCAAGCAACAUUUUUUCAGCCUGUUGUAAUCUGCUUGAAACAUGAUAGAUGUACUUAGGGGCCUAAUAAAGUUUCGAAAUUUUUAUAAAAAGUUCUCAGAGAAAAGUUCUAAAGUACUUCUUAUACAGCAAUCUCGUCAAAAUCACAUUUGUGGCUCGAAUGUGAAUUUUGGCACUUCUAUGACCAAUACUCAUUUCUUCUUGCGAGCUAUGAAAAAAAACAAAACUGGUAUUACAAAAAAUCAGGAAUUUAUUGACAAUUUCAUAUUUUUUUCUUUAGGUCCCUAUAUAAAUAAUUACUUUGAAUAUGUAUAGAAAAGGUUGAAGCUCAAAAAUAGUGAUUUGCCAUUCACAUCGCCUUUUUGUUUUUUAUUAUUAGAUUUAGCAACAAUGGCGUUACUGUAAGUUGUAUUUAAUACGCGUAUACUAGUACUUGAAAUUAUAUAUUAUUACCUAGGAUAUUCUAAGAAAAAAAAAUCCUAUUUUAUUUCUCCAGCUGAAAUAUAUAGCUCAUAUAUAAGUGCCGAAUUUAUGUAUAAUUAAGUUGACUAGAAAGUUUUGUUGCAAUUAUACAUUUAUCUAUGAUGAUAAUUCAUGGUUAAGGAAUUGUUUAUUAAGCAAAUCGAUCUCUAUUUUUUAAAUGGAAAUAAGUAAAAUAAAGAAGUUCUUAUAAUAGCCACCAUUCUUUACCUUUCGACUUUUUGUGAAUAAUAUGUUGUUAAUGCGACCUAAUAAUGCGCGUCGCAAAAGAAACAAUUGCAACAAGUUUUCUUUUUUCAUUUCAAGAAAUUACACUAGUGUGAUCUGUGUUUGAUUAUGGUAAUUUUUUGUUUGCGAUAUCUAUAAGCUGUUUGGUUUUAAUGUUCAAAGAAUGUUAUAAGUAUAAUUCAAAGAAUGGCAGUCCAUUGUGAAUCUAUGUGUAUAUGUAUAAAACAGUUAUUUUUAUAUCUACUGUAGCAACAAAAACAUUUGAUAUACUUACUUGAUACAGAAUUACAAUAUUACAUGAUUUUA